AAAAGGCAUCAACAUCUCAGUGACCUAGAAUGCUGAUAUCAACAAGUAUUUUGUUACUUCUAUUCGUUUAUGCUACAAACCAAGAUUCACUAGAAGAUGAUCGCAGCGCAUUUGAGGAUCUAACUGAUGAUGCGGGGACCAGAAGAUUUAUUGGACCAUUGCCUCCAUUACCUGAUAUGACUGGAACAGGACGAGUGGAGCCAGGACCACCAGGUAUCAGGCCACCACCAGGACUCAUCGAAGAACUGACUAAUUUCCACGAAGAAAUGGGGAUUGUUUCCAAGCAAGGAAAGAAGAGAUUAAUGGGCGUUUCGCGGCGUAAACCCACAGUGGACGAUUCUUUUGUAGAUGCGAGACAGUGA